UACAGUAUAUGUCAUUGUUUUGGAUCUAUUCUAAAUUUGGGGGAGAUUCUCAAACGACUGAUAAUAAAGGCUCAGUAUCAUCUUGUACUUGAGUAAUGGAUAUUGAAUUGAUAAUCGAAAAUCUGCCCAACAAUGGAAAUGUGACGUCACCGAUUCCCCUCCGCAUUAUUGUGCCGUAUGUUUGUGUUCAGUGCCUCGCUAUCAUAACUGGCGUCAUUGGUAAUGUCCUCGUCGUUGGAGCCGUCGCCUUAGAAAAGAGUUUGAGAAAUGCAGGGAAUAUUUUCAUACUAAAUCUCGCGAUUGCGGACCUGUGGGUGACUGGUUUCAUCGACCCCUUCAGCGUCGUUGGUGCUUUGACCGGAGAAGAGUUCUUCCUCCUCCGUCCAGCCCUAUGUGAUUUCAUCGGCUGCACGUGUGUAACCACGUGCAUGUGCUCCAUCUACAGCAUAGCGGCCAUCAGUGUCCAACGAUACAUCCACAUAUGCCACCACAGUACGCAUGACACAAUAUUCACAAAAAGAAACGGCAUAUUGAUGUGCUGCGGAUUAUGGACCGCAUGCUUUUUCAUAGAGGCGCCCAAUUUCUUCGGAUGGGGCGCUCAUGAAUACGAUCAAAAGCAACUGAUGUGCAUGUUGGACAGAUCAAGACUUAGUUACAGUUACUUCUUCAUAGGAUUAGGCGUCGGUGUCCCAACUUUUGUCAUCGGUUUGUCUUAUUUGAAGAUAUAUUUGCAUGUUUCAAAGCAACGUGCAAAAGUGAACGCUCAUCUGUCCAGGCAGGAAAAGGAAUUGAAACGGCGAGAACGGGAUUCGGCGAGACUAACGCGGACAUUGUUUAUAAUUUUCAUUGUGUAUGCGUUGUGUUGGUUACCGUAUGCGAUCAUUUCUACAGUUGACGUCCAUGACACUUUUGCCUUAGAAUUCCACCUUUACUCAAUUUUGUUUGCGCAUAUCAACUCUUGUUUCAACAGUGUCAUCUACGGUUUGACCAAUACCAACUUCAGGAGGGGAUACCGAAGGUUUCUCUGCCUGGAUCGCGGGGAACAGAGAAUGGAUGCCUCAUUUAGUGAGAGUAGCGCUGCUACGCUCAAGUCCAACAAUGCAACCUAUCAGAUGGACCAACUAAAUGUAGUUGGGCCUGCAAAGGCUCAAAAUGGUUGCUCUGGUUCUGUCCAUUCCAUUCCAGCAUCUGAAAUGAAAAUCUGCUCAUAAUUGUCCUCGGAAGAAAAUAGUUCUAAAGUUUCUAGAUCCCAUGUCGGGGUAUGCCAUGAAUAAAGUAAGUCAUGUUAUGGUAUGAUGAACAAGUUAUAGCUUCAAUUCAGCUACAUGUACAAAACCCGAUAUGCA